CGGUAGUAGUAGCGAUCGCGAACUGCGUACUGGGUGUGCGCGUCGCUGCCUGUAGUUUUUAAGAGAGUCCCUCGCUAUGAGGAGACGAAGGCGAAGUUCGGCAUCGAUGGAGCGGGAGGGUGAGGACGCAAAGGACGAGGAGGACAAGGACAACUUACAGUGCAGUGCGGAGUGUGCGCGUCAGAGAGGUGGGAAGAUGGGCGGGAGCGGAGACGACCAUCACGAUGGUCCGAAGGGAGGACAGUCAGGAGAGGGGGAGAUGAAUGAAGCUAUGGAGGGAUCCGGCAACGAGUGUGAAGAAGAUUCGCGUCGUUUAUCCGGGUCAAUGAAGCUAUGCCGGGGGACUUGGACAUUGUGCUUCUGGGCCAUCGCUGUGGCGGCGGUUCCGCUUGCCUUAGCUGUGUUGUUUGGGUCAUGGUGGUUCAUUGCCAUUCGGAAUGGGGACGCAAUGAGGACGGGUGAACACAGCUGGGGUAAUCGGCUUCUGCUGAAUUUCGCCCGACGAUGGCUAUUAGUAACACCUGGAACAGAUCAUUUUCUCCUCCGUCCUGAGGCAGGCAAUGGAGUGGCUUUUCCUGAGUCAGACGUCUCUCCUGUGCGCGUCGACAGGCUUCCGUUUCCUCUUUUAUGGAUGGCACCAUUUUUAUCAGGAGGUGGAUACUGCUCCGAAGCAAUUACAUAUCUGUCCGCUCUUGAUGCUGUCCUGGCAGACCGUCGGAGUUUGGAAAUAUCCCAGCAUGGAGAUGGCUUCAACAUGAAAUUCUGGAGGGGAUUGCCAGAGAGCACUAAAACGAUGAUAAACGCUUUUGCAAGCAGAGGAUACAUGUCACCGGCUUCAACGGUGGUUAUCUGCCACAGGUGAGAAUAACACAUCAUAACAGUUAUUAUCUUAAAAAAAAUAAAAAAAAAUAAAAAUUGGACCAUUUC